GACCCCAUGGACCAGAGCACGCCAGGCACUCCUGUCUUCCACUGCCUCCCUGCAGUUUGGUCAGAGUACAGGUAUACAGGGCCAAAGCCAGUCAACAGGGCCCAGGGAAUUUCCUGGGUGAUGGCGAUGCCCGCCCUGCCUGCCCGCCUCUCUUCCCCUCCCCCACAGGGCUCCUAAGAGCUCCAGCACACUCGGGGCUGCUUGCAUCACAAUCGCCGCCCGUGUCAUCCCUAGCGCCAGGCUACCUGGGCUGCCUGCUUGUCUCCCUGGCUAGCAGUGGCAAGGAGAGGGGAUCCUAUGGCAGCUUGAACACCUGGAUGGCACCCUGACACCCUUCUGGGGCACUCCCAGGCAGCUCACUAUCCCUGCACCAAGACAUCUCGCAGGGGAUGGCCAUCUUCGCUCGUUAUGACGACUUGAAAAAGGAGAUUGAUGCCCUCGUGGCGGAAAAUGACGAGCUGAAGCACCUCAUACAGAUGCUCAAGGAGAACCAAGAGCUCAAGUCUAUCCUACGGAACCAGUACAAUGAAACCAACUUGAUCCCCAAGUUUGAAUCUACCCGGAUUGAUGCCACAAAUCCGAUCCUCAACAACGCCUUCCAGGACAGCCACAGCUGGGAGCAAGCCCGCUUCGCCCCCAACACCAACUUCAGGGUGACUGUACGCCGAAGGCUUCCAAGCGAUAGCCCUUCUUCAUCCAUUUCUCCGGGGGCUGCAACGAUGAUAAGAAGAUCCCCUCCUGGCCCACGGGUGUCCACGCCCCUCAACAUGACGGACAGAGCAGCAGGACUGCAGGUCGUCCGGUUUGCUCCUGACACCACAACAGCUAAUGCCGCUUUAUAUCCAGCCCAUCAGAGUCUUGCCACGUCCUCCUCUCAAAGUCCCAAAGGCUAUUGCUAUGAGUGCUCCUCUCCGGUGCAUCCACACCAUCCACAGACUUCCUCCUCCCAAAGUCCCAAAGGCUAUUGCUAUGAGUGCUCCUCUCCGGUGCAUCCACACCAUCCACAGACCUCCUCAACAACUUCCUCUGACCCCAGUAACACAAAUCUUGAGGGUGGCACAGUGUACACAGUGGGAGUCCCCCCACUCAGGUCCUUGCCCAGCUCCAUGUCCCCUGGGGUUGAUACAGUCGUCUUACCUCCAGGCCGCCCCAAAGUUGCCAGGACACAAACAGUAGACAUCACCACUCUCCAGCCCAGCUCUGGAGGCUCCUAUUCUCCAAAUGCCAACCAAACAAGAGAAAUUGAAUCAACUUGGUCUUGGCCCAGCUCCAUGUCCCCUGGGGAUGAUACAGUCUUCUUACCUACAGGCCGCCCCAGAGUUGCCAGGACACAAACAGUAGACAUCACCACUCUCCAGCCCAGCUCUGGGGGCUCCUAUUCUACGAAUCCGAACCAAACAAGAGAAAUUGAAUCAACUUGGCCCUGGCCCAGCUCCAUGCCCCCUGGGAAUUAUUCAGUCUUCCCUCCUCCAGGCCGCCCCAAAGUUGCCAGGACACAAACAGUAGACAUCACCACUCUCCAGCCCAGCUCUGGGGUCUCCUUUUCUCCAAAUGCCAACCAAACAAGAGAACUUGAAUCAACUUGGUCCUGGCCCAGCUCCAUGUCCCCUGGGGAUGAUACAGUCUUCCUACCUACAGGCCGCCCCAAAGUUGCCAGGACACAAACAGUAGACAUCACCACUCUCCAGCCCAGCUCUGGGGGCUCCUAUUCUACGAAUCCGAACCAAACAAGAGAAAUUGAAUCAACUUGGCCCUGGCCCAGCUCCAUGCCCCCUGGGAAUUAUUCAGUCUUCCCUCCUCCAGGCCGCCCCAAAGUUGCCAGGACACAAACAGUAGACAUCACCACUCUCCAGCCCAGCUCUGGGGUCUCCUUUUCUCCAAAUGCCAACCAAACAAGAGAACUUGAAUCAACUUGGUCUUGGCCCAGCUCCAUGUCCCCUGGGGAUGAUACAGUCUUCUUACCUACAGGCCGCCCCAAAGUUGCCAGGACACAAACAGUAGACAUCACCACUCUCCAGCCCAGCUCUGGGGGCUCCUAUUCUCCAAAUGCCAACCAAACAAGAGAAAUUGAAUCAUAUUGGUCCUGGCCCAGCUCCAUGUCCCCUGGGGUUGAUUUAGUCGUCUUACCUCCAGGCCGCCCCAAAGUUGCCAGGACACAAACAGUAGACAUCACCACUCUCCAGCCCAGCUCUGGGGGCUCCUAUUCUCCAAAUGCCAACCAAACAAGAGAAAUUGAAUCAUAUUGGUCCUUGCCCAGCUCCAUGUUCCCUGGGGAUGAUACAGUCUUCUUACCUCCAGGCCGCCCCAAAUUUGCCAGGACACAAACAGUAGACAUCACCACUCUCCAGCCCAGCUCUGGGGGCUCCUAUUCUCCAAAUGCCAACCAAACAAGAGAACUUGAAUCAACUUGGUCCUGGCCCAGCUCCAUGUCCCCUGGGGAUGAUACAGUCUUCUUACCUCCAGGCCGCCCCAAAUUUGCCAGGACACAAACAGUAGACAUCACCACUCUCCAGCCCAGCUCUGGGGGCUCCUAUUCUCCAAAUGCCAACCAAACAAGAGAACUUGAAUCAUAUUGGUCAUUGCCCAGCUCCAUGUCCCCUGGGGUUGAUUUAGUCGUCUUACCUCCAGGCCGCCCCAAAGUUGCCAGGACACAAACAGUAGACAUCACCACUCUCCAGCCCAACUCUGGGGGCUCCUAUUCUACGAAUCCGAACCAAACAAGAGAAAUUGAAUCAUAUUGGUCCUGGCCCAGCUCCAUGUCCCCUGGAGAUGAUACAGUCUUCUUACCUCCAGGCCGCCCCAAAGUUGCCAGGACACAAACAGUAGACAUCACCACUCUCCAGCCCAGCUCUGGGGGCUCCUAUUCUACGAAUCCGAACCAAACAAGAGAAAUUGAAUCAUAUUGGCCCUGGCCCAGCUCCAUGUCCCCUGGGGAUUAUGCAGUCUUCCCUCCUCCAGGACGCCCCAAAGUUGCCAGGACACAAACAGUAGACAUCACCACUCUCCAGCCCAGCUCUGGGGUCUCCUUUUCUCCAAAUGCCAACCAAACAAGAGAACUUGAAUCAACUUGGUCUUGGCCCAGCUCCAUGUCCCCUGGGGAUGAUACAGUCUUCUUACCUACAGGCCGCCCCAAAGUUGCCAGGACACAAACAGUAGACAUCACCACUCUCCAGCCCAGCUCUGGGGGCUCCUAUUCUACGAAUCCGAACCAAACAAGAGAAAUUGAAUCAUAUUGGCCCUGGCCCAGCUCCAUGCCCCCUGGGGAUUAUUCAGUCUUCCCUCCUCCAGGCCGCCCCAAAGUUGCCAGGACACAAACAGUAGACAUCACCACUCUCCAGCCCAGCUCUGGGGUCUCCUUUUCUCCAAAUGCCAACCAAACAAGAGAACUUGAAUCAACUUGGUCCUGGCCCAGCUCCAUGUCCCCUGGGGAUGAUACAGUCUUCUUACCUACAGGCCGCCCCAAAGUUGCCAGGACACAAACAGUAGACAUCACCACUCUCCAGCCCAGCCCUGGGGUCCCCAACUCUCAGGAUACCACCCAGAAUGCCUCUCUCAAUGUUACCCGGGAUGCUUCUCAAAAUGCCUCUCAAAAUGCCUCACAGAAUGGUCCUGUCUCAGUGCUAAAUCUCUCAGGCCCUCUAAACAGUGCUGAUGUUGCUCAGCACUGGUGGGAGUCUCGGCCUUUCACCCCUCCAAGUGCAGCACUCAAUGCCUAUGUAUGCCAAGCAUGGCCUGCCAUGAGCAUGCCAGCACUGCAGCAGGCAUUGGCGCUGGGGCAAGCAAUGCAGCAGGCACAAAUCCUGACUCCAAGGAAUGAGAAGCUAUUGGGAGGGGUAAAGGAACUAAGGCACGCCCAAGCAAUGACACAGCGACAGGCAAUGGAGCGGGAGCAGAUGCAGCCUAGGGAGUGGGCGCAGGCACCCGUAGUGACCCAGGCACCAAGACUGACACAGCAGCAGGCAUUCGAGAGAGCACAGGCACAGCAAUGGGUGAAGACCUGGGCAGAGAUGGAGCAAACAGCACGGCGACAGGAAAUGGAGCGGGCACACUGGGCCCAGGCCCAGGCCCAGGCCCGGGCCCAGGCCCAGGUAAUGACCCAAGCACAAGCCCAGGCACUUGCACAGCCUAUAAUCCUGAGAAGCCCUGCCCCUUUCAUACUGCAAUCCCCACUUGUUGGUAGGGAAGCCAUGCCACCCCCUUUCCAACUACCCUCUCCCGAAGCCAUGCCACCAACCCACCUUCCUGCUAAUCCACUCCAAGCCCCACAGAAAUAUCCCGAUGUGAAGCCAAAGGAGCGCAGAGCCUCCAUUAAGCAAGAGACUGACAUGAAGACCAGCAGCGAUGCCAAAGGAAAAGAAACCAGCAAGCAAGAGCGCAUCGUGGGCGAAAUUGCAUUCCAACUGGACCGCAGGAUUCUCUCCAGCAUCUUUCCUGACCGCGCGCGCCUCUACGGUUUCACCGUCCGCAACAUCCCUGAGAAAGUUGCACAGAGUGGAGCUGACCCCUUCCUGCAGCUGACAACAGAGCAGGCUUCAACCAUCAUGGAGCGCUACAAUAACAUCAUGGACCGCCUGAAGCAGCUGGGCUAUGACCCAAGCGUUCACCCUACCCUGACGGAGCACAUUGUCAACACUUUUGGCAUCCUCCGGGAUCGGCCAGACAUGACAGGCGCAGAGGCAGCCGCCUACAAUGACAUAAAGUAUCUGCAGGAGGUGGUCAAGAAUGCCACCCCUCCAGACAUGUUCAACAACUGCAUGCUGCUCCUCAACUGCCUCCAUCAACUGUCUCAGGAUGACGGGAAGCCCUUGUUCAUAUGGUGAACCUCCCAUCCCCCCCACAGUGCGCACUGUAUCACUGCAAACACAAUAAACCAUCUGAAAAUGUCUAGUGAGUCUUCUUGUGUAACCCGCAGACAAUUUGUGCCACCUUGUCCAGUUUCAUGAUUUGGGAGAGGGCCAGUCUGGUGUCCGGCCCCCUCUUGGCCCUCUUCAGAAGUGCAUUAAUUGCCAGCAAGCCAGAACAUAAAGAGCAAGGGGUGGUCAUGAUUAGAAAUAUACUGAAAUUCAUUGUUACAGGAGGAUAUUCAAAGGGUAAAAGGUUGGCAUGAGGCAGGGUUUGCUUUAUGGGAAAUGGUCUGCUUGAGUGAUGACGGAUCUGGUAAGCCAUGAUUGUUUCAUAAGCAAUAACUAUUUCCAUAAGCCAUAAUUACGACAAGACUUGCUACUGAAAAAUAAUCAAUGUUAAGAUGCUCUGUAGUGAUGUAUUAACUCCAUUCUGCACUCUGUAUUCUAAUACUGGUAUUAAUAGCUGGUUAGUAAAAAAAGUAACUUUUCAUCAAACUGGUCUUAGAAAUGCUGGUGUUAAAUAAAUAAUUUCUCUGUGCCUUCUGCUUCAACAUUUGUCUGAAGGUGGCAGCUGGGCUUGGAAACUAAAUGCCAAAAAGCAAAACAAAGUCUAUUGUGAUUUCAAAGGACAGGAGUGUAAAUCAGUGAAUUCUCAGGCAGGGCUUCACCUGUCAGAGGAGGCGACUUCUUUGCCAAACCUGCCCUCCACCAAAGGGCAGCAGCAGCACCCUUCUCCUCCCUGGCUAUUCUCUCUCUUCCUGUUGAUCUCUGGCGAGUGCUUUUGGCAAAUCUUCUCACUGCACAAAGUGUGUUGUUUUUAAUCUCCUCCAAGGUUAGGCCAGGAGGGUGCAGUGGCUCACACCGGCCACCACAGCAGCAAAAGGAGCAUCUCGGUGCUAUCUUCAUUUCUGAAUUUUCUGAUUGUUUGCAAAGGGGGGGGGGGAGAUAGUCUUUCACUCAGACACUGACAUCUCUAGUGGUCAAAGUGUCCUGUCAGUGAAUGCUGAGGGCUCUGAAAAAUGAAAUGAAGGGGUUUCUAGCGAU